AUGUCCCCGCCCAUCGUCGACCAUCAGGACGUCAUUGUGGAAGAAGUCUUAAAAAGACGGAACCUUUUGUGGGACAAAUCUGGCAAUAGAGAGCCAAAUUUGAACCAGAAAAGGACGCAAGCCUGGAAAGAGAUAAGAAGAAUCGUGUUCGAAAAGUGCGAUAAGGAAAUGAGUAUCGAAUCAAUAAAAAGAUGCUGGCGUACAAGGAGGGGAAAUGUUCGUGAUCUUCUGAUGAAAGAAAAGAAGUAUAGGAACGCCACGGGGGGCGGCGUCAGCGUCGCACUGGAACAAGCUCUAACAAAAGGAAUGGCGAACAUGACGGAGGCCGAUGCUAAGAUAGCGCGAGCCUUAGGCCCGGAGGCCUGCUUCGGCGGCCUCCGGGUCGCUGAAAGCGCCGUAUGCGCGCCACCUCCUUCUGAAUGUUCCGUAGGAUUCAGUGAAUCACAGGAAAGCAAAGAGCUAUUGAAGCAAUUGUCAACUUUUGAAAGUGAUAGCGACAGCGACGCUUUCGACGAAACCCCCAGGAAGCGCUGUCGUCGCUCCAAUGCCCAACAGCAGCUGUUUGAAGAGCAAACAAAAUAUAUAAGAGCAAAGCGCAUGUACCUGGAAAAAAAGUAUGCAAUUUUGACCAAAGUCGACGCGUUAGUCGAUCGAAUCCAGAUCAACAUAAACGUAAACGUGCAACCAUCCGGCGGCCCCCCACCCACACAACGCACUAAAGUCGAUAACAACAUUGAGGAGUCCCUGCUUUCAUAA